CGUGGUGGACUAAGGCCGUGAACUAUGGAGGGCAAUGCGGUCAAACCUGAGUCCGCUGUUCACGAGCUCUAAGAUCCGCAUGAUGGUGCCUUUCAUAGUAGAAGUCAGUGACAGAAUGGUCCAAGCACUAAAAACAAGGAUACAACAAUCUGAAAGUGGGUACAUUGACUUAGAGGCCAAGGAAGUGACCGGUAGAUACGCAGUGGACGUGUUGGCCUCUUGCGCGUUCGGACUCCGCGUCGAAUCCCACUCCGAGGACAAUGAGUUCUACGCCCAUACGAGGGCCAUGACCAACUUCAAUUUCUUGCGCUUCCUGAAGACGUGUGCUUUCAGGAGCUUCCCGACCAUCACGAAAUGGUUGAACAUAUCUCUGGCACCCCCCGGUACGGCCAAGUUCUUCGAAGACGUGGUGAUGAACACCAUAAUACAUCGAGAGGAGCACAACAUCGUGAGACCGGACAUGAUCCAUCUCCUCAUGCUUGCUAAGAAAGGACUAAUCCCAUUUGAGAUAAAAGACAAAGCAGGUGACGAAGGAUUCGCCAGUGUGGAGGAAGCAGGUCAGAGGAAAUAUCAUGUCGACUGGACUUAUAAAGACCUGGUCUCACAAGCGGUGUUGUUCGUGUUCGCGGGCUUCGACACAGUCUCAUCCAGUAUGGCCUUCAUGUUCCACCAGCUGGCCAUCAACCCUGUAGUGCAGGAGCGGCUGUACCAGGAAAUAUCGGAGAACGAGGAGAAAUGCGGAGGGAAGUUCGAAUACACCAACAUUUCCAAAUUGACCUAUUUGGAUAUGUUUGUGUCAGAAUGUUUGAGAUGUUGGCCUCCCGGAGGAUUCAUGGACAGACUCUGCGUGAAAGAUUACAACUUGGGCAAACCUCGGCCUGACGCAAAACACGAUUGCAUUGUUCGUAAGGGAGAAUGCAUCGGACUUCCCUAUUGGGCGUUCCACUACAAUCCCAAAUUCUUCCCCGAUCCAGAGAAGUUUGACCCAGAACGUUUUUCAGAAGAGAACAAGGAUAAGAUCAAACCGUACACCUACCUGCCUUUUGGAGCUGGGUUUAGAAAUUGCAUUGGUUCGAGACUUGCACUACACGAGGUCAAGAUUUUCCUCUACCAAAUGGUGCUAACUUUCAAAUUUAGUGCUUUUGAGAAGACGCCUCCUCGAGCCCAGCUUGUUAGUCAAGGAUAUGACAUGGAAGUCAAAGAUGGGGCCUGGGUGCGACUGCAUAUCAGAUCAGCGUAAAAAAGCCAAGAACUUGCAAAUACAAAUGAAUUACAAUUAGAUGAAUAAAUUUAUAUAAAUAAAAAUCUGUUACGAUAUGUAUGUAAGAGCAUUACUUGAGAACGGCUUGACUGAUUACUUUUUUUUUGACUUCCUAAUUAUCACAACAAGGUGUGUACCAGAUAAUAAUUUUGAAAAUUAAUGGGACAAAUACGGGAAAAAUUGACAAUUUAAGUGUUAUUUUUGUAUGAAAAUAUGCUUUUAAUGGAUAUCUUUGAGAGAGUUUAAUUGGUUCCAACUUUAAUCAUAAAACAACUUUGCGCCCGACAGGUGGCGCUGUUGUCGACACCUUAAAGAUGAAAGGUAGUUUACAUCAAAUGUAUGGCCCACUAGUAAUGGAGUUAUAAUAAAUGUAUGUCGUCUGUCUGAUAUAAUCUUGAUAAUAAUAGAUGAAUUCAGAACAUAGUAUCUACUAUUACCGUCUACAGCCUGUUUAUUUAUAGUGUAUUUAUUAUUACAUUUGCGUUACAGUGUAAUUCAUAAACACAGUAUAGCAUUAUUAUUAUUCUUAAGUUUUCUACUAUUUUUUAUGUAAUUUAUCGCCACCUUACUUAUUUAUACAGAACUAGAUUUAUUAUCCGGGAUGAGCGCCAUCUAGUUUAAUUCAACUAAACUAAUUUAUAUUGUAAUACCAUAAUAUUAUUACACCGCCAUCUAUUAAGUCAAUAAGAAAUAACAUUAAAAUAUAUUGUGAACUCUAGAUGGCGCUAUAAUCGUUGUAACAAAUAAUAUUGUAAUAAAAAAGUGUUCCUAUUUAACCAUUUUUUUUUUAUAGAAAAGAAUAUUAAUAAAAUUAUCACAUGUAUACAAUAAGCCUAUAUAACUUCAGCUAUAA